UUUCUUCAACGCUUUCUUCCUUAGCUUCUUAACUUUUUCUUUACUUUAUUGCUCCUUCUUGCCUUACUUCCUGGCUUUACUACCACUUCUUUACCCUUUCAAAUUUUCCCCCCUUCAAACUGGCCAUUUUCAAACCAAAGAUUACUGUCCAAGCCAUGUCUGCUACCAACUACGCCUAUGCCAACAUUCCAAUGUACUCUGGUUCUCUUGUUUCCGGGGCCGAGACCUCGACGGCCUCGACUGAUGUGAGCUCUUGUGCAUCUGUCACUGAUCGGUCUUCGCCUUUGCGGGCAAUGGCGUCUGCCUCGUCUCCUUUGGUCUCCCAUUAUCUUGUGGACGAAGCAACCGAUGCUUCGGAUUACAAACGCAAAUGGGAUGACUCGUUCACGGCUGCUGAACGUGAAGCAGCCAGUGCCAACAUUGCCAAAGCUCUUCAUAUCGAGAAUUUUGAAGAUAAUUCAUCCACUUCAUCGCGUGAUGACACCAGUCAAGAAAGCGACGAUGGUCAUAGCAAGAAGCCAGGUAGAAAACCUAUGGCCGAAGAAGAACUCGACGAUGAAGAAGAUCCAAAGGUUAAGCGCAAAGCGCAGAACCGAGCAGCUCAAAGAGCGUUUCGAGAACGCAAAGAACGUUACGUGAAAGAAUUAGAAUCCAAGAUCAAGCAUGUUCAAGACACGCAUUUGUUCGCUACGGCUCAGCUAUUUCAAGAAAACCAACGGUUGCGCUCGGUCAUUUAUCGUCUUGAAACCGAAAAUAUGGCUCUCAAGGGUGUUUCCAUGGCCGGUCCUGAUGAAACCGAUCCAUUGUUCUUCAAGUCAACCUAUCCUGGCUGGAUGCCGCCCAUGUAUGGUUAUCAACCCAUGCUGGUCCCCGCAAUGAGUUUAGACUCGAUUUCAUCUUUCCAUCGACAAACUCAAUCGGACCCAAAGUAUUCUCCUGCCAUGUCUCCGGUGCCUAUUCUUCCUCAACACCCGCUCUCUCCUCAAGAGCCCCACCCAGCAGCACGUCAUCAUUCUUCUCAUCCUUCACACCAACAAUCAAGCCCUUCCAUUCGACCUUCUCCUGUUCCUCAUUCUCACGCCCAACGACGAAUGGUGUCUCAAGACCCUCAGCAAUUUACUUUUUCUAUUACUACUCCCGAUACUUUACGAGCUAUUAAUAAUCAACAACAGUCGGCUUCAUCCCACCGCAAGAACUCCACCGCCUCCACCGAACCUAUUGAACUGGUUCAACUGUAUCCUGACCACAGCCAUCCUGCUACCCAACAUCAAAAGAAACGCCAUGCGUCGCCGGUGCCGCUGGCUAAAGAAGCCAAUUCGCCCGUCCAAGGCAGCCAAAGUGUGGCUUCGAUCGAGAUCGAAGAAGAAGAAGAUAACGACACGGUGCGCAGCAUUUUAAGCGAGCCUGUUUUUGAUUCCCAUGGUGAGCUAAUUUUGCCCGAUGAGGAAUUAAAAAAGGGCGCAUCCUUGCAUGCCGAUACUAUGCUGUCAACGACCACGGGCGAUGCAGGUACCGACGAUCGAGCACGGACGUCCAACCUGACCGCGGCUGCGAAUGAAACACAAAAACAUCACAUCAGUUCGCCUUUAUGGCAACGCUUAAAUCAACAUGCUGGCACGCCGAAAUUUAGUGUGGACCAACUUUUAGAAGCCGUGAAGAAAUCUGCCAAAGGCACUGCCAAUGACCAACGCCUUUUACACGAAUGGGAAAUAGAGACCAUGAUGCAAGAAAUCAAUUAACUUUUUUUGACAUCAUAUGGAUAUGUAUUAUACCGGGCAUGCAUGCCCAUCACAAACAUUUUUUUUUGUUAUUUGUUAUUUAUUAUGUAAAUAAAAUCAUCGUUUUUUACAUCGCCA